CAGAGGCUCUCUGAGUGAACGUUGAAAGCUUGAAGGCUGAGGCGGUAUCUUCAUCAGGACCAUGGCAAGCUACGUUGAGGCCAGUCUCGAAUGUCCGGCCUGUUUGGAGCUCUUUAAAGAUCCUGUCAUGCUGCCGUGUACUCACAGCAUCUGCAAAGACUGUCUGCAGAAAUGGCAUGAUCAGAAAAGCGGUUACUCAUGUCCAGUCUGUAGAACAGAGUUUCCGUCCAUGGAUAUGCCUAGGAACUUGGCACUGAGGAACGCGUGUGAGGCUUUUUCACUAGCCUCAACCGAGUCGAAAGACAUCUCCAGCUCCUGCCAAGAGUGUCUGCAGAUAAGGUCGGAGCAGAAAAGCGGUCACUCCUGUCCAGUCUCUAGAAAAGAGUUUUUGUCCAUGGAUAUAGACUUGAACUUCGCACUGAGGAAUGCGAGUGCAGCUUCUUCACAAGCCUCAAUUGAGUCGAAGGACAUCUGCAGCUUGCACAAGAAGAAACUCGAGCACUUCUGUUUGGACCACCAGGAGCUUGUGUGCCUCGACUGCAGAGAUGCAGAAACCCACGAUGGACAUAAGAUCCGUCCCAUUGAUGAAGUUGCAAAAGGUAACAAAGAGAAACUCCAGGAAGACCUGCAGGUUGCAAUGGAAAGUCUGAAAGAUUAUACAGAGAGAAGGGACAACUGCAUUGAACAAUCGGCGUACAUCAAGGUCCAGUGGGAGCAUGUGGAAAGCAAGAUUAAGAAGGACUUUGAGGAGCUUCAUCACUUUCUGCAGGUUGAAGAGGAGGCCAGGUUGUCUGCUCUGAGGGAGGAAGAGAAAAACAAAACUCAGAUGAUAAAGGAGAAAAUUGAAGCUCUCAGCGCAGACAUGGCCGCUCUCUCAGUUACGAUCAGAACCGCAGAGGAGCAGCUGGUGUCUGACAACCUUUCCUUCAUGAAUAACUUCCAGACUUUGAUGACCAGAAUGCAGAAGCUGUCUAAGCCCGAGCAGCUCCCAAGGGGAUUUCUCCUGGAUGAAGCCAAACACGUGGGCAACCUCAAGUUCACCGCAUGGAAACGAAUGAAGGAGAUUGUUUCCUACAGUCCCAUCAUUCUGGACCCUAACACAGCCGGUCGAGGACUUUGUCUGUCUGAAGAUCUGACCAGCGUGAGAACUGGUGACGAACAGCAGCGUCCCCAAAAUCCAGAGAGGUCUUGUACGAACAGUGUUUUCAGUUCUGCUUUGGCCUUGGGGACGAACAUCUGGGAUGUUGAGGUGGGAGACAACACCGACUGGGAGCUGGGGGUGAGGUUUGGUAGAACCUUGUUUUGUAUCGCAUUUCAAAAUGAUAAAUACAGAAUUGUCUCAGAACGAUUAAAAACAUGGUAUCCGUCUGUGAAACUGAAGAGGAUCCGAGUUCACGUGGACACUAACGAAAGGUCACUUUCAUUCACCGAAUCGCUAACAAAUACUUUUCUGCAUCGAGAAAUUCUUCCCAAUUGGACACAUCCAUCCGGCGACAUGGAAAUCGUCCCCUGCUUUUUGACCGAGGAUAAAUAUCCUCUGAAAAUAAUUCCAGUUUCGCCUUGUGUUACGAUUCAAAAUCAGUAAUGAUGUCAGAGAUUUUUUAUUUUGGACUGUACGAUGUUUGCCCAAGACACGACAUUACGAGGCGGGACUGGCAAAAUUAGAAUCGCCCACAUGAGAAUGCUUCUCCGAAGUGUUAACAUUGUGCCGGUGCAGAAGGUGGAAACAUUUUGAGACCUUGUUAGAUAAUUAACGAGCACCGUUAAUAAUUUUUAUUUGUUUGUUAGACUAUUAGAAAGUGUGUGUCGAAAGCAAGCUGAACAAUAUGGUGUGAUUACAUUGUCAAUGUCGUAACUGUUGGCUCACGAAUUUACCAUUUCUCAUUUGGUAAUUUAAAAGAGGAAGUAUGACUCAAUAAAAUGCUACAUGCUUUGUAUUUUUUUUUUUUAAUCACAACGUAGUAAAUAGUUAUGUGUUUACUUUUGAGGAUGAAAAAGCUAGUAGUUAAUUGCAGCACAGCCGAAGGACAGUAUCAAGGACAAGUCAACUUGUCUACCAGCUGAUCGGGUAGAUCGGGUUGUCAGCUGAUCAGUUGACAAAUAGACUUGAUAGUGAAAGAAUAGUAUACGGUUUAUUGCUGGGUCACCAAGGUACAGAGGUUCAGUCAUAAAACUUUAUAACUGCCUUGUGUUUUUUAUCAUAAACUGUGAGAAGUACUUUUGAUUCACGGGAUGCUUUUAUAAUGAUGUACUGAAAGGAAGCAAACCAUUAUUACGAUUACUAAUUUGUAUUCUAUCGGCAUUGAGUGGCAUGUAUCUUUUAUUUGCACCAAUAAAUGUGUACUUUUAGUAUUG